CAGGCCCGGCCUGGCCCGGUCCCUUCGGUGCGACCGGGGCGGAGAGCGGGGGGGUGUCGCGGGUCCCGAAAUGCCGACUGAGUAUUUCAUGUCAGUAGCGUUGCGGGGGAGGGUGCGGGCCUUCCGCGCCUCGCCCGUCAGAGAUGCGCCCAGAGAGGCACCGCGUGUGUGUGUCCGCCCGCAUCUGCCCCUGGCGCGGCUUUCUAGUGUUCAGCGAUUAACUCUGUGCACGCUUUUUUCCUCUGCAGUAGCGUGUGGAUCUCUCUGGAUGUGGAAUAAGAAGUCAGGAGGCAGCGUGUACCCAUAGGUUUAUCUGAAAAGGCCGGGCACGUUUCGGGGAGGGAGGGAGGGAGGGCGGCAGCCCCGCGCUGGGCCGGCCCUGCCCUGACGGCUGGUUAGGCGGCAUCCACACCCCCGUGCCUCUCGUUUCCACUGCCUUGGGACACAGAUCGCCUGCCUUCCUGAAAUCUUGCCUCUUCGCUGCAGCUAUAAUAAAUAAACUGCACUAGUUCAGGCUGUGUUUCUCCUACAUUCUCAUUUUUGUUUCGGAAGGACUGAAUGAUUUGCCAGCAAAACGUAGUCCCUGUCCCUUGUCAUACACCCAUAAAAGCAUUUAAUAUGUGGGCAUCUCGGAGAAGUCUGCCUGUAGAAGAAACUCUUAGAACAGUGGAGUAAUGAUGUUGCACACUGGUUCGUUUUGCAGUGUGAUCAGAUUUAUCUUUAUUUGCUUCGUCUAUGUUAGACUAUUUUCAGGAAGAGAAUUUAUGUUUGCCCCCACACCAUGGAGCCUUGCAGUUCUGCGCAGUACUUGCAGGCUGUGCCGGAGAGAGAGUUGCUUUCUCACAGGAACAAUGUUACUGUUGCAUGUAAUAAAAUAUAUUUUGUGGCCAAAGCUGUCAAUUUUUGAGGGAGGGACUGGGAUCUGGAUAUUUGUAGUUAUGACCUCAGAUAAAGAAAAGCCUUAGUACUCUGAUUUCUUAUUGUGUAAAGAAUGGAAAGGUUACUAAUACCACUUUCUUUUUCUUUACAUUUCUUUCUUUUAAUCUUUUCCAUAUCCCCUUGAUGAAGGAAACAAGACUUGUAAGAUUUACAAAAAGGUUAUUUUUAAAUGUCCUUUUAGCCUGUAAACAAGGAGAUGUCCUCUUCACUGUAGUGUAAUCACUGUUGUUGCCUGCUUUUUGCAGUUUGUAACUGAUUCUAAUUCAUGAGGUAUCAUUUCUCUAGGUACAGUUAUUGUCAAAAAGGCCCAGGUCCCUUUUCUGUAGAAUUGUUUGAUGCAGUGGUUUGGGCUGGAAGGGACCUUUAAAGAUAAUUUAGUUCCAACCCCCGCUGCAGCGGGCAGGAACACCUUCCACUAGACCAGGUUUUUCUAAGCUCUGUCCCACCUGACCUUGAACAUUUCCAAUGAUAAGACAUCCACAGCUUCCUUGAGCAGCCUCUCCCAGUGUCUCACCAUCCUGAUUGUAGAUAAUUUCUUCCUUUAAUCCAAUCCAAAUCUGCCCUCUUUAAAUUUAAAACCACUGCACAUUGUACCGUCAUUACAGAUCCCAGUAAAAGGCCUCUAUCUCUUCCUCAUAAGGCUUUUUUAGUUACUGAAAGGCUGCAGUGAGGUCUCCCCAGAGCCUGCUCUUCUCCAGGCUGAACAACCUCAGCUCUCACAGCCUUUCUGCACAGGAGAGGCACUCUGUACUCGCUCCAGCAGGUCCACAUCGUUCCUCAGUUCCCAGCACUUCAUGGGGGGUCUCACCAUGCAGACUGGAGGGGCAGAAUCCCAAUCCCACAGUCUGUGUCUCUUUGCUGAAGAUAAUAAACAGUGUUUGCCUCACUGUAGACCCUUGAGGGACACCACUGGUUUGUGCUUGGUACAAUGAGCUGCAGCUGUUUGGUUGUGGCCAUCCAGCUAGUUCCUCAGGCAUUUAGCAGUUCAAGGCCGUAUGUCUCUGGAUACUUCAUCUUUUCCUUAUUUUCUGUCUUCUGCCCUCCCUAGGUCAUUGGAGUUUUCAUAGGCCAGUUUAAUUCCAUGGAAUAGUAGAAAAACUUGUUCUUUACUACGUUUUCUGCUGUUUUGUGAGUUAAUUUAGUUCAUAAAAAAUCUGAUUAGGGCGUGAGCUGUCAGAGAAAGUGGGAAGGGAAAUAAAAGAGAAAAAUGAUGCCCUUAUUCUGCAGCAGCAAGCUGUUAGAUCAACUCAUCUACUCAAGGAAGUGUAGCCACAGCAUAAUGAUCAUUUAGUCACAUCCACAGCAUAUUUUGCAUUACAUUUUUCACUAUUCAGACUUAAAGAAGGAAAGUAGCAUUAAUUGUUUAGAACAUGCCCUAGUAAGGCUGAGCAUGUGUUCCUUUGUACUUGCCCGUCUGUAAUGCAGUUACUGCACGUGGCUGUGAUGAGUUGUUGCAGUACUUGAUGCAGCAGUCUUUUACUUGGCUGUUCUUCUUGGCAGUGUUCAUCUGAUGCCCAGUGUUUGUACAUUGUGCAAAAUCACCACUACCUUCCUGUAAUGUGAUGUUAGAAACUUCCAAGAGUACAAGCAGGCCUCUUGGUACCACUCUUCAUAUCUAGUAUUGGCAGACCUAUUUUAUUUGCUCAUUGCAUUUGUCUUUGAACUAAAUUUUUUUUUCUUAAUGCUAUUAUAUUUGUAAGAGAAAUAAAAGUAUUUCUUUCAGUGUUGUGGUACUAUUGGCUGGGUGAUUAUAUCUGGGGAAGGUAUUGUACGUCUCAGAAAAUCUUAUACAUCUCAGUAUUAAAUCUUUAAAAAGAAAAGCAGAAGUAACAGAAACUGAACACAAUCAGGAAAAAAAAAAAACUUGUUUUCCUUUUGAGAACGCUGAUAGGGUAAACAGGGCCUUGCAAAGAAAUACCUGUGUUUUAGAAAACCAAGGGGCAUGCUUAAAACAGAAUAACCUGCAGGUUCUUAGUGUUGCUAACCUUUUGAGUGUGUGAUGAAUUUUUGUGGUGAGAAAUUUCUCAGGAGUUUCUAUCAUGUCAUGUAAUCUGUUUUUUAUUUACUCUGGAGUGCUGAGACUGCUUCAUGCCAAGGAAUUGACUAAAAGUCCCUUGAAAAAUAAAGUUAUGUAUUUUAGUAUGAUAUAUCCUAUGAUAAAGGUUCUUAUCUGUACAGCUUGUAAUUGUAUAAACAAGUCAACUUCCUGGCUAGACAAAAUAUAUGAUAACAGAGUUGAGUUGCAGUGUGAUAGUGCUGUUGCUGCUGUGUGAGAAGUCGGGGUGCUUGUCUUUCCUUUACACUUCAACAAGCUUGUGUACUUGAGCUAAUUCAUUAAUUUUCACCUUGUAUGAGCCCUGGGCCGUGCUGUUUCUUGUGCAGCCUACAACAUUACUUGGAAAGCUAAACAUGCUCUAAGGGACACAGAUUAAUAUUUUUAUGUUCUUGCCUUCUAUUACAACCAUUAGUUUCAUCAGACAGGGAAUACUGUCUCUACAUGCUGCAGACUGGUAAUUCUGAAAAGGGCUGCUGGACACACUGAAGGUUUAAAUAGGAUAUCAUCUCAUUUUGACCCACUCUUAAGUUGCCUUGGGGGUCUGAUUUGAAAUCUGAGUGGUUGUGUUUUUCUCUUGUGCUUUUUUACUUCAAGCUCUGUUGGUUUUUAGCAUUUCAUGCAGUUCUGUUGGGUCUCUUCUUGCCAAAUAUUAUAAGUAGGUCUAGGUUGAACUAGUAUUUAUAGAAUGCCUGGAGAAUUUUUUUUUUUUUUGUAAGGAGUUGUUGCUGUACUGUAUAAAGGGCUGAAAGGACAUGGUGUGGGAGAGAAUGUUUUUCAUUGAAGUAAUGAAAAGGGAGCAGUGUGGCUGAAGGAAAGAUACUGCAUUGAUGACUUGGCAAUUCAACUUCCUCAUGCAUCUUGAAGAGAUAUAUAUUUAUUCUAGUUAAUUUCAAGUCAACAGGAGCAGGAUUGGAUCCCUGUAGUUCUUAGUUUAAAGUUUUGAGUUCACAGUCUGCACUAGAACAAAAAAAAAGUAUUUUCAGUUUAGGAAAUACUCUUCUGAAUUAAUUUCCGCAAACUAUGCAAGCUGCAUUGUUGUUGGUAUUUUUUUUCACCCAAACUUCAGUCUAAUUUUUCUUUAAUUGUUUUAUUUACUUCUUAUUUUUCAGGAGUCUUUGAAAAAUCCUUAGUGGUCAUGACAUUGUUACAAGUGACAUAAAUUAGCCAGUGGCUCAGAAUGAUGGAUACCCAGAAGACUACAAAUGGUUUGCAAGUGAUUGGAGAAGGGACUGGUAUAGGGAAAUCGACACUCCACAUGGUGGGGUAUUUGGGAAAAAACUGUAAUCCUGUGGAAACAACUGCACAUGAGUAUUGCCCAGUCUGCAAAGAGAAGGGUCAGAUCCAAGGUUUACGGACUUACCGCCUUAAUUUUCAAGAGUCCAUUUUCCUUUGUGAAAAUCCUCAGUGUAUCUACCCACUUGGUUAUAAACCAUUAAACAGCAUAAUUACUUCUACUGGUUCAGAAAAUCAUCAAGCUCCAUCUACUCACAAGAAGAGGAAAUUUGGUAAUACCAGUGACUUUUCUGCUGUUGAAUCAGAUCCAAAAAAAGCAAGAACUAACAACGUGUUCAAUGUUGAGCACGCCGUUAGUGCAGAUUCCAUUGUCAAAGGCUGCCAGAAUAGUUUGUGUAUUCCCAAGGCAAGCCAACACGAUGUAUUACAAAAUGGCCAGCAAAACCCUGGCAACCAUGUGGAGUCUUGCAUGCAGAAUGUGGAUUUUGAAACAACCACCAAGAUCAACAACUACCAAGAAAGUCCACCAAAGACUUCUAGUUCCAAAACACAACUGUUGCCAAAUUCUGAGCUUUUAUCAACAGCAUCUGAAAUUUCACUCAAAGAUGAUAAAGGUUCCAUUAAUAACAGAGAUUUGUGUCUUCAAUGGAGAAACACACGUAAUCUUUGUUGGUUAGAUUGUAUUUUGUCAGCACUGGUACACUUAGAAACAUUAAAAUCUGCUCUAGCAGAAGAAUGCAAUGGUGGAAAAUGCUUACUCCAGAAGCUCUUAACAAAGUAUAAUCAAGCAUCUGUUCUUCUGAAUACCUGUAAAAGGAGUAAAGUAAAAGAUGUUCUUCCAAAAGCAGAAUCUCAGCUCAAUGAAAUCAGAAACGUAAUGUUUACAGAACUUCAGCCUCAGCUGAGGUGUGAAUUGGGUAAUAUGAAGAAUCCAGUGUUUGCACUUCAGCUACUCUUACAAGUGGAUCAACAAGCUGAGAAACUAUUCUUGCAUUCUUUUUCAUGGAAGUUUGAAUGUGUACAUUGUGGCCACAAAUACCAGGACCGAUUGAAGAAAACACUAACAACGUUCACAAAUGUAAUCCCUGAUUGGCAUCCGCUCAAUGCUGUUCAUAUUGGACCGUGUAUUAACUGUGGAACUACAUCUCAAAGACAACAGAUGAUCUUGGAAGAAGUACCCUCAAUAUUAACGUUACAUUUUGUGGAAGGCUUGCCACAUAACAACCUGGAGAAAUAUUCAUUUCAAUUUGAAGAAGACACCUACCAAAUAACAUCUGUUGUUCAGUACCAAACAGAUAAGAAGCACUUCAUAAGCUGGUCUUUGAAUCCUGAUGGAACUUGGCUUGAAUGUGAUGACUUAAAGGGUCCAUAUUGCAAGAGACAUAAAAGAUUUGAAGUUCCUCCUUCAGAGAUUCAUGUUGUUAUCUGGGAAAAGAAAGCAUCCCAUGUGCCACAAGAACUGAAUUCACAGUUCCAAAGUAAAACUAGUGAAGAUAUUCCUCUUAAUAAUGUACAUUCAAAUUCCACAGUGUUGCAUUGUGGUUUUGAUAACACUGUCAGCAAAACACCUGCAGAACACUACAAAGAGGAUUCUGUGAGGACUCCAGAGAAGAAACAGCAGCAAGUAACUGAGGACAAAAGUAUUGUUCAUCAUGGUUCAGAAAAUCUGGGAGAUGAUGAUCUCGUAACACUGAUGCUUGAAGAAAUUCUAGUUGACUCAGAAGAUAAAUCGCUGCCUAAUGGACAGAUGGUGGGAAAUAACCUUCUUGACGGAUGGGGCACACCAGAACAGCAGGAACCAGCUUUUUCACUUAGCACUCCAUAUACAGGAGAGUUUGCUGGAACUAGUCUAGCUAUGAACAAUAAAUCCAUGUUGUAUGAAAAUUCCAGUAUUUGCUUACCUCUAGAAGAGUUGAACCCAGUAAAUAUUAUUGCUCCUGUGCCCAAAAAAUGUGACCCUGAUUCAUCUGACUCGUCUUUUCAAAUAAAUGACAGAACUAAUGUAGCUAACAGUGAACAUGGAUUAAAUUCAGAACUACUGCUAAAUGAGAAGUUGUUAGCAGUAGAAAAUACUAUACAAAAAUCACCUGACCUGAAAGAUGCAGGCAAAACUGUAGUUAAUUCUCAGGUUGGCAGUUCUUCUGGUGCCAGUAAUUCAGUUCAGUCCUCACACAAAGACCGAAAAGGAGGAUUUGUAGGAAGCUGGGUAAAGAAAUUAAGCAAGAAUACUUCUUUUAUGCCUUCAAGUGCCUCAGCUCUCAAGAAUGAGAGAAGUUGCAAAACUCCCUCAGUGCAAAAAAUAAGUGAAGUUCGGCUGCCAAUUAAGGGUGCAAGUAACUUUGGUGGAUUUCAAAGCAGAGGUACAAAGAAAACAACUGAGACCCCAAAGUUAUUGGCUCCUCAGACUAAUAAUACUCAUCUUCUAUCAGAUUUCAAAGGAUUUUCUCAAAACACUUGUCUUCCAACAGCAAAUCGUACCACUGUUGUAGGUCCAACUUGGAUUAAGUCAGAAAGUACGUUGGGUACCUCAGGUAAAGUGACUCAGUUCCCUUCACCUGGCUAUAACUCUGGUAAGGCAGAAGAGUCAGACAGUGACAAAACAAAAAAACUUCGCCUAAAAUUGUUAAAAAAACUUAAUGCUAAAAAGAAGAAGUUAGCUUCACUGGAUAGAUUAGCAGUGGAACAGGUGAAACAGGAAAAACCUGUGAGUGGAGAUGUAAGUACCCCCCCAUCGCAGACUGAAUCUCAGAAUGACAGUGAAUUAUUGCAGAGCUUUUUAAGGGAGCUGCAGUAUCAGAUUGAUGUGACAGGUAAUGAGUCCAAACUCAAUGCAAGUGCUGUGCCAGGGUGCACUGGCCAUGAUAACACUGAUGAAAUACUGGCGGAAUUACUGUCCCCUACUUCGACUGUCGCUUCCUUGGAGGCACCAAAGAGCGAAGAUGAGUGUAUGUACAUGGAAAUGGUGCACAGCAGCGUGGCAGCGGCCGUGCCCCAUGAGAACACCAGUGUGCCACAGGCAGCACUGACAAGUGAGGACCACAAUUACUACAGUCCUGUAAAGGACACUACUUCGGAGCUUGAUGCAAUAAACAAACACAGUGUGAAAAAACUUUCUUUUGAAAGUCCUACAAGAGAUGAUAUCCUCGAAGACCUGUUCUCCAUUUCAGCACCAAGCUCAAUGGCAGGUGACAUGGAUUUACCUCAUUUUGAUGAAACUCUGUUUGAAACUUGGUAAAACUCAGUAUAAGUAUUUUUUUCAGUAUUAUGUAUAUUUUGAAACAAAGCACUACUAAAUUAUAUUUUAUAACUAGUUUAAUUGCACACUGGCUGUACUUGAAAAAUUUACAUUUGAGAUUUUUUUUCUUAAUAUUUUACUGUAACAAGCAAAUCAGGGUUUAAUGUAUUUUAUUCUUCUGCGAAGCAGUUAUUUUAGCUGUCAGAUAUGACAUUGAUUUUUAAUUAAAAGCUCCUAUGAGUCUUAAUUUUUGCUGCUUUUAAUAUGAAAAACUUCCACACUCUAGUGAGUUUGAGAACUAAUUAAGUUCUGUAGUCUUGAUGAUGUAAUGGUAUAAGAAAUACUAUUUAUGUAGUAAUGAUUUUACAGGACCACUCAACUCCUGAAGUUACUUUGUCCAACAUUUUAAAAAAAAUUAAAGUACCUUCUGUAAUUAGAGAAUUUUGCAUCCUCUGAUAUGAGUUUACAGGUGUCUUAGAAUUAAUUUAACUGUAAGUUAAUGCCUAUUACUGUUGUCACUUGGAGUUUGUCAUGACUCAGGCAGUGCACCCCCAACCAUAUGAGAGAUGCCAAGGAGAGGCAAGGUCAGUAGGAAGAAAAUGGAAAAAUGUGGCAAGACAGCAGUGAGUAAGCAGAGGGAUUCACACCUUGGUGUUUCUGGAUAUGUGUAGCUUUCAUUUUGCUAGAUUGGAGUCUUUUUAAAAUGCAUGGCCACAAAGCUGAGGGUAUUAUAUGCCAAGUUAGAUUAGCUGUACAUUUUUCGUGUUCUUGGAAAUAAGAAGGAUUUUAUCAGGAAGUCUUUAUAUCCGGCAUAUUUAGAGCUGUCCUGCGUUUUUUCAUUCUUUCAGAUCCCAAGUUCAAAACAUUAAAAGCUCAGUCUUACUUUUCCAGUGGAUGCAGUUAAACAUAAUGCUAUUACAUGGCAUGGUUACAGAUUCUAAUGGUUUUGGAUUGUUUGAACUACGUUUAAAAAGUGUUUGAAAAACUAUCAUUGACCCUGAACUUGCUCUGUCCACUUAUUUCUGCUGCAAUUGGGUACAUUGUUAUCAAACUGGCACUUUAGGCAAUGAAUUUCUGAAAUUCAAGUUAUUGUGAAGAACUUGAGCUUCUUCUUUGUUUUAAAUACUGUAAUUGGUAAUGUUACAAUAGAAAACAAAUGAAUGGAUUCUGAAUGUUAAGGGCUGGUGUACUCCUUGUGAAAUAUUUGCCCAUUUGUGAAUUCCUUAAUUAAAACAAAA